GUGAAUGGAUAUAGAAAGGCAGAGAGAGGGCUAAAGGGGCAGUGGGUGGAGGUGCAGAUCUCCCUGUUCUCCAAACAAUCUCUGAUCUCUAUUAACUUCCCAUUCCAUUCUGAGGAUCAACAUGCUGCUGGUGUUUUAACUUCCACACCCCCCUCCUCUCUUCCAUCAGGACUCCUACAAUAAAACCUUAACAUCCCAACUCUCUCUCUCACACACACACAGAAAGAAGAAUGCGUAAUUCCCCAAGAACUGCCCCUGAAAUCGCUCUGUCGGAGCUGCCUGGUAUUUCCCAGCAGAGCCCUCUCUUGGAAUAGAGGAGACCCCGAGACGCUCACUCAAGACUUGCCUUUGAAUCAAUCGCCUCGCGUUUGAGCGACUGUUUGAAGCGACUGUUUUUAAGUCCUUGACGCAGUGACGAGCUGCAGCUCUGUGUUCGGGCCGCGUCCAGCCCUUGGAUCUGUCUUGGAGAAGCGUCAAGUCUUUCUAGGCAGCUGCUGGGGAGAUUGCUGCCCUCAAGGGACUUGCCCACAAGGAGCCUUCAUGUCUGAAGCAGGUAAGUGGCUGCUACUGGGCUAAGAGCUGUGUCGGUUCAGGCUUUCCUGCCGCAGUGUAGAACAGCUUCCCGCACAAGCGCAUCCUGAAUGUAAUCGCUAUAGAUCCAGCCAACGACUCUGGUCCAUCCCCCCUCGCCCUUAUUAUUAUAAGCUGUGAAGGGAGGGAUGUCUGUCAGCGACAAUCCCAGUCACCUAUAUCUAUAUCUAUAUCACAAACUGUAGGACGGGAGAAUAAUUAAAUCCAGUGGCUGGUGAGUUCAGGAAGGGAAAGGGUUAAUUUCCACCUACAUCUGGGGCUCCAUCUGUGAUAGGAGAGAAGGAGGCAGAGAUGUGAGCGUCUUUGUGCGUCUUGUCGCUCAACUUCAUUCCGGGAUCGGGACGUCUGUAGCGUGAGACUGGUGUACAAAUAUAUUUCUUCUGGAGUCUCGCCCAUGAUGGAGUUUCCGUUAAAAAUAUUUCCAGGAUUGAAAUAUUAAAGAGAAUAAAUUAUUUAUUUCCUGGAGUUGAAGAUAGUGUUGAGGAGGGUUUUAUGCCUCUAAAGCACUCAGAUCCUCAGUAGAUACAAAAACAAGAAAUUCAUGAACAUCACAAGGAUUAAUGCUACUUUUCGGAAAAAGAUCUAAAAUCUAAGACCAGAAACAAAGGUUUGAUUACCUAUUUGGAAAUUUUGGCUGCAGUCUGAAAAAUGAAACAAUGCUAAUUUGCCAGCAGAGCCUGUUCAUGUGGAAACCAGCACUGGACUUACUUAUUAAUCCCCAAACACCUUAUUUCUUGAGAUCACAAACAUCACUCCGUAAGGGGCAUGUGUGAUUCCAAGUACCUAAGUGGAAAAUGAUAUAAACGUCAUGAAAUUCACGACAAGGGAAUAAAGCUGUCAUCUGUAAAGAUCACUUGGACCGUAUGCCUAAAUCUUCGAUGGCUACAAAGUUUGCUGUCAACAUGCACAAAGAACUGGCUUCCAGCUGCCCUUCAGAGUAGACAAAGAACCUGUUCACCAGAAGUCUUCCUUUUGAAAAAUAAAAGACUGAGCAUCAGCUUCCCAUGUGCUAAGCACAUUUGAACGGACAGAUGUGGAGAAAAGUAACAGGAGAGUUAAUCUCCAUAAUAUUGAUAUAUAUUUUUAGAAGAAUAUAAGAAAGGACUUCCCUAUCUAUGGCAGGUCACAAAGGAAUGGUAAUGCCAGCACUCUGUCUGUGGGUGCUUGCACUGUGUGCCCUCAUUUACACAGGUCAAGUACAGGCAGACUGUUGGUUGAUUGAAGGUGACAAAGGAUUUGUUUGGCUUGCUAUUUGCAGCCAGAACCAACCACCCUAUGAGGCUAUACCACAGCACAUUAACAGUACUAUAGUGGACUUAAGACUCAAUGAGAAUAAAAUAAAGAGUGUUCAUUACUCAUCCCUGAGCCGUUUUGGUAACCUGACGUACCUCAACCUCACCAAGAAUGAGGUAUCCUACAUUGAAGAUGGAGCUUUUGCAGGUCAGUUCAAUUUACAAGUGCUCCAGCUUGGUUAUAACAGACUAAGAAAUCUCACUGAAGGAAUUUUAAGAGGACUUAACAAGUUGGAGUACCUCUACCUCCAGGCAAAUCAUAUUGAAACAGUGACUCCUAAUGCCUUCUGGGAGUGCCCCAAUAUUAUGAACAUUGACUUGUCUAUGAACUACAUCCAGAGGCUAGACAGCAACACUUUUGUAAGCCUCAGCAAGCUGACUGUUUGUGAAUUGUACAGUAAUCCUUUUUAUUGUUCUUGUGAACUCUUAGGCUUCCUGAAGUGGCUUGAGAUUUUCACCAACAUGACCCGCACUUUUGACCGCAUGCAGUGCAAUUCUCCACCAGAUUAUAAUGGUUACUAUUUGUUGGGUCAAGGUCAAACUAAAUAUCGAAAUGCUCUUGGCAUGCUGUCUGCUCUCUGCACUGAUGGUUCAUAUACACUUAUGCCCCACAUUAUAUCUCCCAAGUAUCAAGUUACCACUGGUCCACCAGAUAACGGAUGUUCCGAAGAGGACUGCUAUUCUGGAGAUGGCACUACACCCCUAAUUGAUGUACAUACUCCUUCUAUCAAUCCUAAAUUCAGCCUCAAAGUUAAUCUUAACACUGAGACACACACAGAUGCAAUUCUUGUGGCAGAAAUACCUUCUCCAUAUAGCAAAAUGUACAUCUUGGUCCAAUACAACAAUAGCUUCUUCACAGACAUUCAAAAACUUAAUGCUGAAAAAGAAUUCAUUAAAUUGGAAGGGUUAAAAGCCAAUACAAAUUAUACAUACUGUGUGGCAUCCAUUCGUAAUGCUCUCAGGUUCAACCACACCUGCAUAGCCUUUUACACUCGCAGCCAUACCAAAACAGAAUCAGUGCCUACUCCAUCCACUGCCACACACUAUAUUAUGACUAUCCUUGGCUGUCUGUUUGGUAUGGUCAUAAUACUUGGUAUAGUGUAUUACUGUCUGCGCAAAAAACGUCAGAAGGAAGAAAAGCACAAAAAGUCAGGUGGUAACAUGAAAAAAGCAAUCAUUGAGCUUAAGUAUGGUCCAGAAAUGGAGACCCCAAGCAUAACUCAGCUGUCCCAAGGGCAGAUGAUGAGUGCAGAAACAAUAGCCCGCAUUCAAUACUUGCCUUCAGUUGGAGAGGUUGAGCAGUAUAAACUGAUAGAAACCAGUGAGACACCUAAAGCUACAAAGGGAAACUAUAUGGAGGUACGAACUGGUGAACAACCAGAGCGAAGAGACUGUGAGCUUUCCAUGCCACCAGACACACAGAGCUCUGUGGCAGAGAUAUCCACAAUUGCUAAAGAGGUGGACAAAGUUAACCAAAUUAUAAACAAUUGUAUAGAUGCCUUGAAAUCUGAGUCCACUUCCUUCCAGGGAGUUAAGUCAGGAGCUGUUUCUACAGCAGAGCCCCAGCUAGUUCUAAUAUCUGAGCAAAUUCCAAGCAAACAUGGUUUUCUGUCUCCAGUGUACAAGGAUAGCUACUCCCACCCACUGCAGCGACAUCAUAGCAUGGAAGUUCCUCAAAAACGCUCAAGCACCUCUUCUAGCGGCUCUGUUCGUAGCCCCAGAUCAUUUCGUUCAGAGGGCUCAGCUCACAAAUCUGAAGCAAAAUACAUUGAAAAGACCUCCCCGACUUCUGUAACCAUCCUCACUGUGACACCAGCUGCUGCUAUAUUGAGAGCAGAAGCAGAGAAGAUUCGCCAGUACACAGAGCAUCGACAUUCCUAUCCUGGCUCACAUCAAAGUGAGCAACAGCAGCCACCUCCUAUUCCACAUGACAACCUUGGAGGGCGUAAACCUUCCAUACUGGAACCUUUAACCCGUCCUCGGCCCAGGGAGUUGGCAUAUUCCCAACUUUCCCCCCACUAUCACAAUUUUAGCUAUACGUCCAGCCCAGAGUACACCUGCAAACCUUCCCACAGCAUCUGGGAGCGUUUCAAACUGCACCGCAAGCGCCACAAAGAGGAAGAGUAUAUGGCGGCCGGCCAUGCCUUGCGUAAAAAGGUCCAGUUUGCCAAAGAUGAGGAUCUCCAUGACAUCCUAGACUACUGGAAGGGCGUCUCUGCCCAGCACAAGUCCUGAGUCUUUUAACUCUCCCAUUUGCCUCCAGCUACUCGUGACUUGAUUACUUUCAUUACCCUUAACCCUGUCCCAGCCAGAGAGGCCAGCAGAGCAUUCACUGUGGAAACACUCUGCAGGUCUCUUUAGCGGAAAUGUGGUUAACAGGACCAAACUCAAACUAUCAGCAGCUAAUUUUUACUCAAAACUGUCUAUAAGAAUGAACAAGAAAUAUAUGAUUAUUAUAUAUCAUAUAAAAAAAUGUAAUUGCUUACAAAAAAACUCACAAUUGUGAGCAUAUGCACCAAAUUAAAAAACAAAAAAAAUGCUAAAACUGUGAAGAGGAGUUAAUUUUUUAAACAAAAUAAGCGAAAAAAAUAUAUAAAAAGUCAGUUUUGGGAAGGGAUUUGAACUUUGUUUGCAUUAUCGCAUGUAAUUUCAUAAUCUGACUUGCGUGGUUUGACUUGUGUCCUAUUUUGUUUCUUUCCACCAUCACCACAGGAUAAAAAUGAACUUACAAAAGACAGUAACUUUUUUCUUUAUGUUGAUUUCUUAUUCAAUUGAGUCUUCCAGUGCAGACUUUGCCUAGAAGGAGGCUCUCGUAAAAACACAUGCAGCUGCAUUCAAAACUGUGAUCUCUAUAAUACUGUACAGAUAAAAAAAUUCUAUAUUUGCUGUAAAGAGAGAGAAAAAAUGCUAUACUUAUAUCUUAAUCCUUUGGCAACUGAUGUGGCUUAUAAUGCAAACCAUUAGAAGCCUCACCUUGAAGUCAAAGGGCUAAAAGGAUUUAUCCUGUUUGUAUCAGGUUUUGUUGUUUUUUAUUAUUUCACUUUAUUUUAUUUUUUUUUAAAGAAAAAUAAUUCUUUGUUUUUCUUGGGUUGGUUGGACUUUUUCUUCGUUUUAUGAUUGUCUUCUAGUUUUGAAUGGGAUGAACUACAAUGAUAAAUAGAGAAGACAACCCUACUGAAAAUCUGGAAUCCUGCCUAUUAUUGCUAGGGUGGGUGGGGAAUGAACUUGGUCUUCUCCAACGUUGUUUGCCCGUAUAUUAUUCUGUAAACUGUGGAUACAUUAAAUGUGAGCUGGAUUAAGGGUAACAUGUUCAGAGAAAUCCUAUGUGCCUUGCCAAGGGUGUUAAUGAUAGACAGUGUUAGAAAAUCUCUAUUUCUGGACAAAGACAAUAUCCCCAGAACCUGAGUGAACCCUUAAAUGAUUUUAAACAAUCCAGAUAUUGAAGAUAUCCCUAAGUGAGAACAGAUGACUUGGCCAGUUAUUCAAAUGUAUCUCCCUUAGCACUUGGAAAUGCCAGUAACUGAGAAUGAUUGCUGGAAAGCCAAUAAAAAAAGAAAAUGUCUCAUGGGUUGGAAUUCCAUUGGUGCUGUGCUGUAUUGAUGUCUAAGUGUGGACUUACUUUUAAUGAGAGAUAAAGCAGUUUUAUUAUACCUUAUUAUACUUUAUUAUUAUAUUUGAUUCAUUUAUUGAGUUGAUUUGCAAAAGAUGGUCUAUCACCAAUCUAAAAAAUAUUAUCUAUUAAAUAUUAGAAUAUGGAGGUUA